GUCCGGGCAUGAGUACCCUGAUCGCGGAAUUUAAAGGCAGCAUUGUUGACCAGAUGCUCAAGUAGUAUUUCCAUUAUAAUAAUGAAAAAAAAAACACUUUACGAAAAACCGAACGCACCGCAGCCUUGUGCUGACAAACCGACAGAUCCCCCGCUAAAGCCGGUUCGAUGACGGAGCUGACGAAUUGUCCGAGCGCUCUUCGCAAAAGACCAACCACGCGAGCGCGUCUGUGAUUUUUCUUGUACGCCGCCCAAACUCGCAAAGCCUGUGACUCUGCGACAUAGAGCCCGGCCGCGCGUACAACGACACACCCAAUGCAGGGACAGCAAAUUCCUUUCCUGCCGUCCUCCCUGCUCGAGCACGGCGCCGAUGGCAGCUUCGGUUAUCUUCAGGCAUCGAAGGUCAAUCGUCAGCCACUAUGCGGGAACAGCGAGGGUUGGGGUCCCCUCAGUCCCAUUCGAUUCGACUUCACGCCAUGUUUCCUCGAUGUCUGGAUCAUGGCGGUCGCCGUGUGGGGAAUUGUAGGAGGAGCAGGCGCGUUGUAUUAUCUAUUUAGGAAAUGCACGCCGCAGCCUGUCAAGCAGAACUGGCAUUUCUACGCCAAACUGAUUACCCUCGGAGCUCUCAUCGCCACGACUGCUGUACAAGCUGCCCUCCAAAUCAAAUACUUUGCAGGCAUCUGGGCUGGGGAUUUCCGCUUCUGGACCACCGUCGUCACGGUUGUGUCUCUCCUCGUCGUCUUCUACAUCCAGUACAUUGAGCACUGGCGCUCACGCAAUGCCAAUGGAGUCGUCCUUUUUUAUUGGCUGCUCUUCAUCGUCGCGAACGGCGUCAAGCUUCGCUCGCUGGUGUCACAGCAGCUCUACAAAGAGCAUGUCGCAUACUUCGCCGUCUUCACUGCUAGCGUUGGACUGGCUGCGAUUGAGUUUGCGCUGGAGUGGCUGGUGCAGAAGCGCUUGAGCGACUACGACGCGCUGGGCGAUGACGAUGAAUGUCCCUACGAAUAUGCUGACAUUUUCUCGGUCCUCACAUUCGGAUGGAUGACCCCCAUGAUGAAGCGUGGCUACAACACCUUCCUCACUCAGGAUGACCUGUGGAACCUCAGAAAGCGCGAUUCGACCAAGCACACCGCUGCGAAGUUCGAAGAGAACUGGGGUUAUGAAGUGGCGAACAAGAAGAGCCCUUCGCUGUGGAUGGCGCUGUUCCGCUCUUUCGGUGGCCCGUACUUCCGCGGUGCGUGCAUCAAGACAAUCAGCGACUGCUUGAACUUCGUACAGCCGCAGCUGCUCAGGCUGCUCAUCACCUUCGUCAAGUCUUAUGAGACUGAGAACCCUCAGCCUGUUGCACGCGGCGCAGCUAUCGCACUUAGUAUGUUUGCUGUGUCUGUCUCCCAGACUGCUGCACUCCACCAGUACUUCCAACGAUCUUUCGAAACGGGUAUGCGGAUCAAGUCCUGUUUGACUGCUGCCAUUUACUCCAAGUCUACCCGCUUGUCCAACGAAGGGCGAGCCACCAAGUCGACUGGAGACAUUGUCAACUACAUGGCUGUCGAUACUCAACGUCUCCAAGACCUUGCUCAAUACGGACAGCAGCUGUGGUCAGCACCCUUCCAGAUCGUUCUUUGCAUGCUCUCUCUGUACCAGCUCCUCGGUGCGGCAUGUUUCGCAGGAGUAGCAGUGAUGAUCGUCAUGAUCCCCAUCAAUGGUGUCAUUGCACGUCUGAUGAAAACACUGCAGAAGGAGCAGAUGAAGAACAAGGAUGCGCGUACUAAGCUCAUUUCUGAGAUCCUGAACAACAUGAAGUCCAUCAAGCUAUAUGCCUGGACAACCGCCUUUGCCAAUCGCCUCAACUACAUUCGAAACGACCAGGAACUCAAGACUUUGCGCAAGAUCGGUGCUACCCAAGCCUUUUCCACAUUCACAUGGUCUACAACUCCCUUCCUGGUUUCAUGCUCGACGUUCGGCGUGUUUGUCUGGACUCAAGACCAGCCUCUGACCACCGACAUUGUAUUCCCUGCCCUGACGCUGUUCAACCUCCUCACCUUCCCGCUCGCAAUCCUGCCCAUGGUCAUUACUGCGAUCGUCGAAGCCAGUGUCGCCGUCAGCCGUCUCACGAGCUAUCUGAGCGCCGAUGAGCUUCAAGCCGAUGCCGUCCGUCGGGAACCUCCUGUCGAAGAGAACGGCGAGGAGUCGGUCCGCAUCAGAGAUGCGAGCUUCACUUGGGACAAGAAUGCCGUACGUCGCACUCUUGAACACAUCAACCUCACCGCGCAUAAAGGUGAUCUAGCGUGUAUCGUCGGUCGCGUUGGAUCUGGAAAGUCGUCCCUUCUACAGGCGGUAUUGGGUGAUCUGUGGAAGAUUAACGGCGAGGUGGUUCUUCACGGAAAGUCAGCCUACGUACCACAGCAAGCUUGGGUAAUGAACGCCUCUGUACGCGAGAACAUUGUAUUUGGUCAUCGUUGGGAUCCUCAAUUCUACGAGAAGACCGUGAACGCUUGCGCCCUGCGCGAUGAUUUCGCCCAGCUUCCGGAUGGUGAUCAGACGGAGGUCGGUGAGCGCGGUAUUUCCCUCUCAGGAGGACAGAAAGCUCGUCUGACUCUUGCGCGUGCUGUAUACGCUCGCGCUGACGUCUACUUGCUCGAUGAUUGCUUGUCAGCUGUGGACCAACAUGUUGGGCGACAUCUGAUCAACAAUGUCCUAGGUCCUAAUGGUCUUUUAGCGGGUAAGACUAGGAUUUUGGCUACUAACUCCAUCCCUGUCUUAGUCGAAGCCGAUAUGAUUAUGCUCUUGCGCGAGGGCAAGAUCCUCGAGAGGGGCAACUACACCCAGCUCAUGGCCAUGAAGGGCGAGAUUGCCAGCUUGAUCAAGACAUCGCAGAACGAGGACCAGAACGAGGAUAGUGCUCCAUCGGAGAGCGUCAUCAGUGACGAAGAGUCUACAGUCUACGGUGGCAGUCCGGCUUCGGACGAUAACCAGAGCAGGGAGGAGGCUGAGGCUGCCCAGGAAGGCGCGUCCCAUCUCGCGCCUCUCAGGACCGGUAACAGCACGGCCCGUAAACACAGUUUUGCAACUCUUCGCCGCGCCAGCACUGCCAGUUUCAAGGGACCACGUGGCAAGACGACGGACGAAGAGAAUGGUCUCAAGAGCAAACAAUCGAAGGAGUUCUCGGAACAAGGCAAGGUCAAAUGGUCUGUGUAUGGCGAGUAUGCAAAGACUAGCAACGUAGGUGCAGUCGUCAUCUACCUGGCACUCCUUGCCGGCGCUCAGACAGCAUCCAUCGGUGCAAGUGUCUGGCUCAAGCGAUGGUCUGAGGCGAAUCAGCGCGCAAACGGCAACCCACAUGUGGGUAAGAAUAUCGGCAUCUACUUUGCAUUUGGUGUUGGAUCUGCUGCGCUCGUGGUCGUGCAGACGCUCAUCCUUUGGAUUUUCUGCUCGAUCGAGGCCAGCCGCAAACUGCAUGAGCGGAUGGCAUUUGCCAUCUUCCGCUCUCCAAUGAGCUUCUUCGAAACUACACCUGCAGGACGUAUCCUCAACCGUUUCUCUAGCGAUAUCUACAAGGUAGAUGAAGUGCUAGCUCGAACAUUCAACAUGUUGUUUGUCAACUCAGCCAGAGCUGUGUUCACCCUGGUUGUGAUCUCCGCGGGAACUCCGAUCUUCGUCUCUAUUAUUCUGCCGCUAGGUGCGCUGUAUCUCUACAUCCAGAGAUACUACUUGCGCACCUCGCGGGAGCUCAAGCGACUUGACAGCGUUAGCCGCAGUCCUAUCUAUGCGCACUUCCAGGAGUCGCUGAGUGGCAUGAGCACUAUCCGUGCGUACAACCAGCAGAGGCGCUUCGAGCUAGAGAACGAGUGGCGAGUGGACGCAAACCUGAGGGCAUACUAUCCGACCAUCAGCGCCAACAGAUGGCUGGCUGUGCGUCUGGAGUUCCUGGGAUCCAUCAUCAUCCUAGCUUCUGCAGGCUUCGCUAUCAUCUCCGUUGCCAGCCACAGCGGUCUCUCAGCCGGUAUGGUUGGUCUGGCAAUGUCGUAUGCGCUCCAAAUUACCCAGUCACUCAAUUGGAUCGUCAGGCAGACUGUGGAAGUAGAAACCAACAUCGUAUCUGUAGAGCGUGUACUCGAGUACGCCGCUCUGCCAAGCGAGGCACCAGAAGUCAUCUCGAAGAACCGACCGCCUAUCAGCUGGCCAUCACAGGGCGCUGUCUCCUUUAACAAUUACAGCACCCGAUACCGACCUGGUCUGGAUCUUGUGCUCAAAAACAUCAAUCUGCAGAUCAAGCCGAAUGAGAAGAUCGGUGUCGUCGGUCGUACAGGCGCGGGCAAGAGUUCGCUUACACUUGCGCUUUUCCGCAUCAUUGAGCCGUCAGAGGGUUAUGUAAGCAUCGACAACCUCAACACUAGCACAAUCGGCCUUUUGGACUUGCGCAGACGACUUGCCAUCAUCCCGCAAGACGCAGCGUUGUUCGAGGGUACUGUUCGUGACAACCUUGAUCCGGGACAUGUCCACGACGACACAGAGCUUUGGAGCGCGUUGGAACAUGCUCGUCUCAAGGAGCAUGUUGCUAGCAUGCAGGGCAAGCUGGACGCGCGAGUUCAUGAAGGAGGGUCCAACCUCAGCGCUGGCCAGCGUCAACUGGUGUCCUUGGCCCGUGCCCUAUUGGCUCCAAGCAACAUCCUCGUCCUGGAUGAAGCCACUGCUGCCGUUGAUGUAGAAACCGAUGCCAUGCUACAAACCACCCUGCGUUCCAGCAUGUUCAAAAACAAGACCAUCAUCACCAUUGCCCACCGGAUCAAUACAAUCCUCGACAGUGACCGCAUCAUCGUCUUGGACAGGGGUACAGUGGCCGAAUUUGACAGCCCGGCCGAGCUUGUAAGAAGAAAGGGCCUCUUCUACGAUCUGGUCAAGGAAGCGAACCUACUCAACAGUAUCGAGGGGAAUUAAUCACAGUGUACGUGAAUAGUGUAUUUAGUGUAGAACAAAAAUAGUGAGUUAUAAUCGCUCAUAAAAACGCUUAUGAGUUCAUAACCAUCAACGGAAGGCCAAACCCGCCCUCGAC